ACCUGGUUUAUCACGUGAUGGCGCUAGCGACCGUCAGGUGUUUCUCGUAGAUAAAAAUGCCAAUUUAAGAUAGUGACUAGUGAUUGUCAACAAAGAUUGAUUGUGACAUACAUUCCAGAUUAAGUUUUAAAAUUCUGCGGCUCCAAAAAGUGAGUGGAAAAUGGGUAUAAUUGACACAUUGAACGACCCAAGAAUAGUUGCAAAAUUUCAACAGGUGCUCGGAAUUGAACGUUUACCUGAUCAAAUUUUAACGGACGAGUGUGAAACAAGCGAACGCUAUGACUCGGAAGAGAAAUACGAGAAGUACGUGAAAGACAUCGACACCGAAAACUACGUCCUGCACGGUCGCUAUAAGAACAACAACCGGGUCACGAAUAACGAUCUACAAAAAGAGGGCGUGCCCCCGUUCACCUCCGAUGAUUCUGACUCCGAAAAUGGGCUUUGCAAAGGGAAGCUGUACAAAAUAACGCCUCACAGGAUCAGAUACCGUUGGAUCUACUUUGCGUUUAGGUUUGCGUCCUUUUUCGGGGAUGAGGCAUUUUACCUUACUUGCUUACCAUUCCUGUUUUGGAACGUGGACACGUACAUGAUGCGUCAGACAGUUGUAGUAUGGACCAUCUCCAUGUACCUCGGACAGGUCCUCAAGGACAUUUUCCAGUGGAGUCGCCCUGCAACGCCCCCUGUGGUGCGGCUCGAUGUUGAUUUUGCCCAGGAGUUUUCGCUGCCUUCGACUCACGCAGUGGCCGCUUCUUCCAUACCUCUUACAAUGGCAUUCGUUAUAAUUAACCGUUAUCAGGUAUCUUCACCUUUGAUCAUUGCACUUGCCUCACUCUGGUGUUUGAUGACGUGUGGCAGCCGAUUAUACCUUGGUGUGCAUUCACUACUGGAUGUAAUUGCCGGCUGCCUCAUAUCCGUAACAGUUGCUACGGUGAUUCUACCAUUCCGCGAGGAGAUCGACUGGUUCAUCCAGACCAGCCCGGCCUCGCCAAUCGUUCUCGUUUCCCUGUGCAUAGCCCUCUCGACUAUUCUCUAUCCUGCACCUGAAAUCGGCAACAACACGCGCCCUGACGCCGUGAAAAUCAUCGCGUGCUCUUGCGGGUGCCUUUUGGGUCAGUGGGGGAACUAUUUCAACGGAAUGGCGGUCGUCGUUCCGCCAGAGGGACUGUUUAUCGUCGUUAUACCGAGCCUAAAAGCAGUGGCCUGUGCAAUCUUACGUUUCAUGAUUGGGGUGAUGGUUUUGAUACUGGUGAAGACCGUUGUACAGGCGGUUACGCUAAAAGGGGUGAUAGCGUUUUUUCGGCUGCGGAAGACUGACAAGCACUUGCCGAAGGUUCAGGUCCCCUAUCGAUUCAUUACGUAUCUUACCUUAGGUAUCAUCAUAAGCUGGACCGUUCCUAUUCUUCACACUAAGUUUGGCUUGGGGCGUCCUGCCGUUUACAUGGAGGUCAUAUGACCAGCGCUGUAAUCGGAAUCAUCCAAUCAAAAGCAAUGUUUUAUCGUUGGGCAUUUGUUGCUCAGACACGUUUACCGUAGAUAAUGCAAUGAAGUUUAUUGAUGCAUAUUUAACAAAUUUGUGAUGAGUACAACAUAGCGACAUAUAUUGUCAUGCUUGAAAUAACAAUAGAGGGAUUGUAGUGUUCAAAGAAGCUGAAACAUGUAUGGCUAUGUACUAAUAUUGUAGCAAUAUUUGAAAUUUUCACUAAAAUAGAAGCAUUGAGGCUAUUACAGUAAUCUGUUAAACUUGUUAUACAUUCAAAAACAGGUAAUAUAAAUAUCAACAACAGGUAAUAUGCAACAUGUAAGAAUCAAUUUUACUACAAUAUCAAUGCCAAUGGAGUUCAAAGUGUCUGGUUAAUUGUCCGAGCUAAACCUUUAUGAGGCAGAAUGGGUGUGUAGUCAGGGCUCUCCUUUUGCACUUUUGACCACUGAAUAUCGGCGGCUUCCCCCAUGAAAAAAGUAUAUUUUUUUCCCCUAUUUCAGCUAAAAAUUCCCCCCUCCAAAAAAAUAUUUUUUUUAGCUCACCUGAUUGCUCAGGUGAGCUUUUGUGAUCGGUCUUUGUCCGUUGUAUGUCCGUCCGUCCGUUAACAUUUGCUCGUAAACACUCUAUAGGCCACAUUUCAUGUCCCAUCUUCAUGAAACUUGGUCAGAAGCUUUGUCCCAAUGAAAUCUCGGCCGAGUUCGAAACUGGGUUGUGCCGGGUCAAAAACUAGGUCACUAGUUCAAAAAAAAGAAAAACCUUGCAAACACUGUAGAAGUCACAUUUUAAUGCCCAAUCUUCAUGUAACUUUGUCAAAAUGUUUGUCUUAAUGAUAUCUUGGUUGAGUUCAAAAAGUGGUUCAGAUCCGUUGAAAAACAUGGCUGCCAGUGGGCGGGGCUGUUUACCUUAUUUGGCUAUAGAGAAACCUUGUAUACACUCUAGACGUCACAAUGUUUGCCCAAUCAUCAUGAAAGUAGGUCAAAACAUUGGUUCAAUUGAUGUCUCGGACGAGUUUGAAAAUGGUCGAGAUCGGUGAAAAAACAGUGGGCAGGGCAUUUUUCUCUAUAUGUAUAUAGUGGCAGUUUUCCCUAUUUGGUUAUAGAGAAACCUUGUAAACACUCUAGAAGUCACAAUUUUUGCCCAAUCAUCAUGAAAGUUGGUCAAAACAUUGGUUUUAUUGAUAUCACGGACGAGUUUGAAAAUGGUCUGGAUCGGUGAAAAAACAUGGCCGCCAGUGGGCGGGGCAUUUUUCUAUAUUUGUAUAUAGUGAAAAGAUGUGAACACAGUAGAAGUCACAUUUUUGGCCCAAUUUUCAUGAAAUUUGCUCAGAACAUUUGUUUCUUUGAUACGAGAGUUGAGUUCAAAAAUGGUUCCGGGCAGUUGACUAACAUGGCUGCUGGGAGGGGGGCAGUUUUCUCAUUAUGCCCCCCCCCCCCCCUUUCGAAGAAGAGGUGGUAUAUUGUUUUGCUCAUGUUGGUCAGUCCGUCCACCAGAUGGUUUACGGAUGAUAACUCAAGAGUGCUUAUGCCAAGGAUCAUAAAACUUCAUAGGUACAUUGAUCAUGACUUGCAGAUGACCUCUUUUGAUUUUCAGGUCACUAGGUCUAAGGUCAAGGUCACGAUGACCCGAAAUAGUAAAAUGGUUUCCGGAUGAUAACUCAAGAACGCUUAUGCCUAGGAUCAUGAAACUUCAUAGAUACAUUGAUCGUUACUCGCAGAUGACCCCUAUUGAUUUUCAGGUCACUAGGUCAAAGACCUAGGUCACGGUUACCCAAAGCAGUAAAAUGGUUUCCAGAUGAUAACUCAAGAACGCUUAUGCCUAGGAUCAUGAAACUUCAUAGAUACAUUGAUCAUGACUCGCAGAUAACCCCUAUUGAUUUUCAGGUUACUAGGUCAAAGGUCAAGGUCACGAUGACCCAAAAUAGUAAAAUGGUUUCCGGAUAAUAACUCAAGAGUGCUUAUGCCAAGGAUCACGAAACUUCAUAGGUACAUUGAUCAUGACUCGCAGAUGACCCCUAUUGAUUUUCAGGUCACUAGGUCUAAGGUCAAGGUCACAAUGACCCGAAAUAGUAAAAUGGUUUCCGGAUGAUAACUCAAGAACGCUUGUGCCUAGGAUCAUGAAACUUCAUAGGUACAAUGAUCAUGACUCGCAGUUGACCCCUAUUGAUUUUCAGGUCACUAGGUCAAAGGUCAAGGUCAAAGUGACCUGAAAUAGUAAAAUGGUUUCUGGAUGAUAACUCAAGAACGCUUAAGGUUCAUGAAACUUCAUAGGUAUAUUGAUCAUGACUUGCAGAUGACCAAUAUUGAUUAUCAGGUCACUAGGUCAAAGGUCAAGGUCACAGUGCCAAAAAAGGUAUUAGCACAAUGGCUGUCAAGGUUACGGUGACUCAACUUAGAAAAAUGGUUUCCGGAUGAUAACUCAAGAAUGCUUACGCCUAAGAUCAUGAAACUUCAUAGGUACAUUGAUCAUGACUCGCAGAUGAAAUAAUAAUGAAACUUGACCAGGAUGUUUGGACAAUAUCUAGGUCAAGUUUGACAUUUGGUAAAGAUUGAAUGAACCGACUCCUCUCAGGUGAGCGAACUAGGGCCAUCUUGGCCCUCUUUUUUUUAAACUUUUAUACCUUUGUUGCGAGCUGAUAUCGUGCUACUAACCUUUGAUUAAAUGUAUAUUUAUGUAAAUCACAUUAAAAUAUAGCAAUUUAACGUGAUGAAUGGUUGGUGAAAAGAUCUUCUAAAAUUUCUCUUUUUGUCCAAAAUGACGCGAAAUUCCCCCCUCUAAGGGCCCUGGCCCCAAUCCCCCAAAGGGUAGCAAGAGCCCUGGUAGUGAACUGUUAUGUUUUUAGUUUGGUCAGAAUGUGACUUAAACUUAUUUUAUUUUUUAAUGAAUGCCGGAACAAAACCAACUUAUAUAGCAUGUAAAAUGAACAACUUUUUACGUAUAUGUAUUCACAUGUCUUGAUUUUGAUUUUCCGGUUCAACAUUUUUUGCAUUGUAGUAUUUGACAGUUUUUGUAAGGAAAUAUUUUUUAAGAGAACUGAAAGUGAUAUAUAGAAUUUAAAAAACUGAUUCUAUCUUUUAAGUGUACAGGUGGGUUUUUUUUCGCUUUUUUUAAAAUUCUUCUACAGAAAUAAUUUUUAAGCAUUUAGAUAUAAAUUCAGAUUACAUUUGUAAAUAUUUGUUUUUCUUAGAUUUCUACUACAACAUUUUUUUUUUCAAGAUUGCUUAUUAUCAGGUCAUAAUUCCCACUUCAUGUAUUCCCCUAAAACCAUAUAUUAUAAUUGCCAUUUAUUAUCAAAAGUGUUGUUUUCAAAGAAGAUAUAUAUUGCUGCAAGCAGUAAUUGAGUGUGAUUUCUCUUAGCCUUGACAUUUGUAAGCCAUUGCCUGUGCAUUGAAGGAGUGCAAUUAUUCUUUCAUUUCAUAAGUGUUCCCUUGGUCACAGUUGACUAGAUAAUACACCUGUAAGGUAUUAAUACAGUUCACUGCAUGAGAACGUAUCUAAUGAAGCUAACAGGUAAACUUAAAGUUUGUUGCUUAUAUAGUGAAGCAGCAAUUUGAAUAUGCUACAUGUUCUUUUGAGUUGAUAGGUAAUGUUGCAAUUUCAAACCAAACUUAUUGAUAAUUUCCCAAAAAGAAUAUAAUUUCCCCCAAUCUGUAAAUAGAACUAGGUUUGUGGAUAUAAAAAAAACCGGCAACAUUCUAUAAUCUUGAAAAGCGAUCUCUUGAUUUUAGGCUGUAUAUUUUCAAUUGAUGUUUAAGUGUAAUGCAAAUAUUAAAAAAACAAACUUGUGAAGAUAUUGACAUUUUGGCUUGAUAGUAGGAUAGUAUUGGUUUAAGAAUGUUCUAAAGAGAGAGAUAAAAGUUAUGUUUGUUUAUUUCCCCUUUACUCAUGAUAGGCUUGCUUUUCAAUAUACAUUUUGCAAUCAGAUGGGUUGUUUGUAUUUCGAAAGCAGGUUUUUUUUUGGCCCGAUUUUAUAGCCGAAAUUCGGCUAUGUUCCCAAUCCCAAAAAGGAUACUUUUUUCCCAAAAUGUGACAAAAAAUUCCCAAUUUCCAAAAAAAAAAAAAAAACAUUUUUUUUUUUUUUUAAAGAAGUGUCUAAUGCAUAUUUUAUCUAAAUUUUAAUUCAAUUACAUCUAACAAAGUAUUAUAUGAUUGUGUUCUUUUAAUUUGAAUGAUUAUGAAGAGUUAUAUCAAAUUUAGUAUUUCCCUAAUCAGUGGACUGUUUGUUUGGAAUAAAAAGGCUAAUGAAUUUUAUUUUCCCAAUUUCAUGAAAAUGCCGAUAAAAUUCCCAAUUCCAAAGCCAUGGGCUAUCUUCCCAAAAAGUGGGAAAAAAACCCUGGAAAGCAGUUUUAAGACAAAUGUCCACUGGCAUUCAAGCACAUUUCAAACCUUGAGCCAAGUCUUAUCACAGAACUGGGACAAGCUUUUUGUAUUUUGGCAAUUUUAAAUGUUAUGAAAAGAGAGACUCAGAGCAUAAAAGUUUAUAUCAAAGAGUCCGAUCCUGGGUUCUUAUCGCUAAUCAUGAUUUAAUUGCACUUACAAAAGAUUUCGCAUAUUUAGUACUAACAUGCUUUUUUUUACAUUUUUUAACAUGAAUAAAUAUCUGUGAAUGAGUACCUUUAAUGAUAAUUUGUUGCACUUAUGUUCAUCGACUUUUCCUUGAUAUCAUACAUUUAUAUAUGACAUGAUAACAUUUUUUGUUUAAUGUUUACUUUUGCUUGUAGCGUAAGUGUGCAAUUGUCUUAUUGUAAAUCACAAUGUUUGAAUGGGCGUACGUCAAAGUUUAUUUAUUAGAAGUGUGUCAAUAGUAUUAUUAAUCUUAUGCUAUUGUCUCAAGUAUGUAUCUUAGUUAUGUCGCCAUUCAUGAGUCCAUCCUUUGUUUUUGUAUUUUUAUAGAUUUUAUUUUAAUACAAGUUUAGAGUUUUCAUUUGCAGUAUUCAGGUAUUUUUCUAAUUUUGCUCUAGAGACUAAAAGAGGCUUUUGGGGGCAGACUACCCAGGCUAGAUUAUUCAGUGUUCAUAUAAUAGAUUUAAUCAACUUUCUUGUUUGUUUUCAUUAAAAUCAAGAUUUCUGGAUACCAUAUAUGAAAAUAAAAGUUGUUAAGGAAGUACAAAAAGUUAAAAUAAGUAAGUAAAAACGAUGCUGCAAUCAUCGUAUACACACAUGGUGCGUUGUUUAUGUGCGAAAAUGAGGAAUUUGUAUUGUCUUAUUAAACUUGCCAAAAAAUAGGAAGUUCGGAUUAUUCUAUUGAGUUAAUAAUUAUCAAUUGUUGACAUAACAAUUUGGGUAAAACUUUACAAUAUAAUUUCAGCAAAAAGUGUGAUAGAUCCGAAGUCUGCACCUGAAAUAUGCUUCUUUCCAUAUACAUGUAUCAUGAGCAAAGUAAUUAACAUAAAGCUUUUAUACCCCAUCCCCCUCUCCCCUCAUUACUCCCAUAGUGUAUACGGUCUUUAUAAUAGGACAAUGAAUAAUUCAUUACAUAUUGCAUGAAUGUCAAACAUUUUCCAUUUCCAGUGCCCUGGUUUGAUAAAUAUGCGCUACUAGCCACUAUUAUUAAUAGAGUAUGUUAGCUAGUUAAUACUUUCUUCUUAUUUUUUCUAUAAAAGUUAGUUCAUACAUGUACUUUACAAUUUUUCACUAACAGAGCUCUUAUAAAUUGCUGCUGAUGCUGACUUUGUUAUAGAUAUCUUUUGGUGCCUUCAUACUUACAAGGCAAAUUAGAACUAAAUAAUUUAAUUUUUGAAGACUACGCAAAUUGUAUACAUUGUUAGUUUUUUUUUUUUUUUUUUUUAAAUGCAUAAUGAUACUGCAUGUUCUUUCACAACUUGUUUUGUUCAUCAUGCAUGGUGAAUUUUCAAUAUUUUUAAAUAAUUUAUUCCAAUUUUAAUACUGUAGGUCCCACAACUCAAAUUUACCCUUUAUACUGUCAUGUGUGUAUGCAGUUAAAAUUCUUAAAUUUACAUAUUUCAAUGGCUAAAAAAACAUACAUAAUAUUUUUCUCUAAUCUGGUGGAUUUACAAUGAAGUCUUUGGAUUUAAAAAUUAGCAAUUGUUACUGGUAUUAAAAAAAGAGUAAAAUUGCAAAGAUCUUAAGAACAUUUAAGCUGGUGCAUGCUGGGUAAUUUGUCUUCUGCUAAAAUGUCGUCUGCUGAAUUUCUAAAAUUAGCAUUUUCUUCGACUUUUUUCAAAGGAUACUAUCCAAAUAGCAAACAGUUUGGAUCCUGAUGAGACGCCACGUUCUGUGGCGUCUCAUCUGGAUCCAAACUGUUUGCAAAGGCCUUUAAAAUCCGGUUCCCGCACUGAAAGGGUUAAGCUGGUGCGGUGCAUAUUGGAAUUAUUGUUUACAAGAUUAUAGUUAAUCUUAAAAUUAUUUUAUGUUUGAAGAGUUUACUGAUCUUAAGGUGUUUGCACAAUAUAAAUAUAAAAUUUUGAGAUUGACAAUCAUCAUUUAGAAUUUGAAAAUCUUUGAUAACCGAAAAUAAAGACUGUACUUGUCAAAUCGGCUACACAUUUCGGUAUCCAACAUAGCUUGAAGCUUCAACCAUGUGUGAUGGGAAAACAUUUUUAUCUGAUCAAACUAAGCUUGUAACUGGUAUAAAAAUCUGCAAACUGUAAACAAUAAAAUGAAAUGACGAAAAAGCAUAACACGACGAUGAAUUUUACAUGGAAAGAUCCAAUGCCUGCUGUAUGGCAUAUCGGAAAUAGUACUUGAAAAUGUAUGACCAGAAAUAUUUAUCAGUGUUUUAAAACUAUUUCAUCAAUACAUUUUGUGAAUUUAAAUUUACGUGUGGAGUCAUUCAGGUUUUGUUGGAAUAUUUCAUGUAUUUAUAUUUUCAAAAUCUAUAAACUGUUGAAUGUAGUACUUGUGAAAGCCAUGUACAUGUUCUAGUAAAUGUUUCAGUUAUACUUUGCCCUGCAAAAAGGUUUUAUGGCCAUUCUGAAUUGACAAUUUUCAAGUGGGGAUUAUAGUCUUUAGAUUGGACAAUCUGGAGUGUCUUGUAUUUGAAGGAUAGGAUAUCUUAUAAGUGGUUUCCUUAUUAUCGUUUAGAGAAGUUGAAAGUCAUUGUGUCCCUUAACCCUUUAGUUAAAUGUGUCAUAAAGCUGAAAUACUUUGGGAGAUUUUACGUUUUCUGUGGAUUUUUUUCUUUUUUGAAAGAUUUAAACACUUCACAAGUACAUGUGCGUGCAAAAUUUUCAAUGUGGAAUGUACAUGUAACAUGCAAUAUUGCUUAAAAAUGGUACUCAUCAAAAUAACAUAAACCCUAGCCCACUUGAAAACAAAGUGAAAAUGGCUAUUGGUCUUACUGAUAUAGAUUUGUAGUGUUUUUUCUACCACACUUCCCUGUUUGACAAUUUUUAUGUAGCCGGGUUUAACUUUAUACCUUGACGUUUAGAAUGGUGAUAAACAGAUAAACUUUAUGAGAGAGCAAAGUCCUAGUAUUUUGAAAUAUCACCGCUUGACAGUCAUGUGAAUUCUCGUUCAAGUAUUAAUCACACUUUAUUGUAUACAUCCGCCCAAGGUCAUUUCACAAUUGUGUUUUUGAAAAAGUUGAUCGACGAACAAGUAAUGCAGCGUAUGCUGUUGCUUUAUUUAUAAAGAUUUGUUUCACAUUCCACCCAAGUACCAACAAUAUAAAGCUUGUGUUGCUAAUUAUAAAUGGGUUUUUGAAAGAUUAUUUAUAGCACAAAUCUGUUAAUGUACCGGUAAUUUAUCCUAUAAAAAAAAUGUGUUGGAGAUAGUCAAGUGCAGGGCUUAUUUUCUUGAUUUGGGGAAAGGGCCUAGCCUUUUUGGGAUAAUAAUUAUCAACAGAAUUGAGAAAGGGGAAGGAACUUAUUAAAGUAAGCUUGAAAUAUGGGGAAAAUUGCAUAAUUUUAAAGAAAUUCUCUUAGGGGAAGGGGCCUUUUUCUUGGGGAAAGGGGCCAAUAUAAGGUUCUUGCUAAAGAAGGAAAAAAAGCCCUGAAGUGGGAUGUGCUGUCUAAAAUUUCAUUAGUGUGAUGAAUAUCCCAUCAUUCUACACGCUUAAUUAACUCUUUCAGUGCUGGAACCGAAUUUUGAAGGCCUUUGCAAACAGUUUGGAUCCAGAUGAGACGCCACAAAACGUGGCAUCUCAUCAGGAUCCAAACUGUUUGCUAUUCUGAUAGUAUUCUUUGAAAAAAAAUGAAGAAAAUGCUAAUUUUAGAAAUUCAGCAUACAACAUUUUAGCAGACGACACAUUUCCCAGCAUGCAAAGGGUUAAGGGUAAUAACAAUAAAAAAAACUAUUAUUUCAAGACUAUUUUUAUAGGUGCAUGAAAAGUAUUGACUUCAUCUAGGCCAUAGGUUUAUUUGGGAAGUUCUCGCAACAAAGUUUAGUAAAUGGAAACAUAGAACUUAAAGUCAACUGUUGGGGAAAAAAACACAUUUGCCUAGGGAUUACAUCUGUACAUGUAUAUGAAGAAGAAUAUGUAAAUAGCACAAAUGGGCAGAGGUAAGGCCAAAUGGCGUGACAGCAGAGGUCCUUGUGGCAUGUGGAUAUGGUGUCCAUCUUGCGACCAAGAGGUCAAAUGUAUAAUUCCCCAUGUGGGAGAGUUUUUUUUAAUCUUCACACUUAUAGGACACCGAGUCAUGUUGCUGACAAAGAUUUGAUUUUGUUUUAAUAAGCCUUAGGCUUUCGAUCCGAUCGUACUGAAAUAAAUAGGUUUAAACUCAUUGACUGUGCUUAAAGUCAGGAUAGCCAAAAAAAUAAAGAAAUUGGGUCCAUCAGCUUCAAACUUUACUUGUAAUUUGCCACAUUUCUGUUCUCAUCCUGCAGUGUUGUAAAUGUUUGUUAUAAGUCACAUACAGACCUCCAUUAUUGCUAUUCAAUUACAAUUCAUUGGCAACAUGCUCAGAAAUAUGAUACUAGAAACAUUUCAUCUGGGAUUUCUACAUUUGCCAUGAUGGUUUAGAUACCACAUCUCAAUACUUCCUCACACAUGAGUGAUAUCCCACUCCUGUUUCUCAUUGAUGUCAUACUAUGAAAAUGUUCCAUGCAAAAAAGCUGCAAUAUGUGAUGAUAUUGAAUAUUGUAUUUAAGGAAUCGUUAACAAUUCCAGGGCAUAUUUGUGUGUUAACGCCCCAUAUGAAAAUGAGUCGUGUUCUGAGAAAACUGGGCAAAAUGCAUGUGCGUAAAGUGUCGUCCCAGAUUAGUCUGUGCUCAGGGAAGACACUUUCCGCUUUUAUGACAUUUUUCGUUUAAAUGAAGUCUCUUCUUAGCAAAUAUCCAGUUAAGGCGGAAAGUGUCGUCCCUGAUUAGCCUGUGCGGACUGCACAGGCUAAUCUGGGAUGACACUUUAAGCACAUUAUGGUCAUUAUUUGCAAAACAAGUAUGAUAAUCAUGAAGCAUGUAUUCUCCUAAACUUUUCUUUCUAUCAGUUUUAAAAAUGUUUUGUUGAACUUAUAAAGAUUUAUGUUUUUGUAUGUUUUUUACUCAUGUUAACUGGAGUGGUUAAAGAUAAUCGUGGGAAAAUAAUGUAGACAUCAAAAUAUAAAAAACAUAAGUAACAUUAUAAAUGGCAAAUAUUUUUUCCAAAAUCAUGUCCUAAAUUGUGUGUAUGGUUAUUAAAUGAUAAUUAUUUCCUCCAAAAAUGCUAAAGUAAUUGUAUGCAUAAUUUAAUUUAUUUGCAAGUGUAUGCCUAAUUAAGUAUACAGAUUUUUGUGUUUGUAAUGUUCUAGUUUGUUUGUGACUCGUUUAUAAUCAAUUAAAGUUACUUGUGAUUGCAUAUUUGUCUAUUCAGUAUUUGAAUGAACUUUGUUCAUAAUCAUAUGCUGGUGAGACAAAAUUGAACCAAUUAACCAGUUUUUGUUGUAUUGUCUUUUAUUUUGUUAUAUGAAGUUUUAUAAAUGUGUUUUAUGUCUCGAGAACAAACAGUCGUAGAAGAUGCAGAUUUUGCAUUCAAGCCUCGAUUUUCACACAAGUUCAAUGCAAAGAGGAUAAAAAUUUCAUGAACUGCUUUUUACACAGCAUUCUGCCCUGUCUAUAUGUAUGUGCAAACUGUAUUAGUAUCUCUAUCAUCUUUCUAUAGUCGGAUUCCCUAUGAUAUUGUUUAUACGGUUUUGUUUAAUACUGUUAUUACUUUAUGCAGUGAUAUUUUUAUUUUCAUAGAUUAAAAAAUAAAAAUUGUAUUGUUUCAUGUCAAGAAAUAUUAACACAUUUUCAAUUUAUUGUAUCCAUAACCUGAUGACCACUUGCUACAUAUUAGAAGAUUUCAGGGGUAUUUGUCACUUGGCAUGUGCAAACUCUAGAUAUACCUCGGAAAUGGGCUCAGUAUCAUGGUAAAUUGAAUUGUUUUCAUGUGUUUUGGUUGACUAUUUCUGCCAAAUUUUGAUAUACAAAUGAUACAAAUAUAUGCAAGGGACGCUUGUAUUUAUAUUUGUAUGUCAUUUUUGGAAAUAUUAUAAGCAAAACACUUGGAGUUUUCUUAAAGAAUACCGGAAUUCCUAAUAGUCAAAUCACAAUGUCUGUAUAUACAGCUUUCAAUGGGGAUUGUUAAUUCUAUUUGUGGAGUCACUAAAACACUGAACAAUAUAUAUAUAUAUAUAUAUAUAUAUAUAUAUAUAUAUAUUCACCAAAGAAUACUAUUAGAUUUCACUUUCUUUCAAUAUUUUUCCAUACCAUGAAUGUAACAUGAUAAUUAUGACCAUAUACUUCAUAUAGUUCUCAGAUUUGAAUGGCAUAAAUUGCUCAAAUUAAACGUGUUUGUCUAUGACAGAAAAUAUUAACAUUUAGUUACGGAGUAUAUUACAAAUAACAUUUCAAAUUGUUGGAAAACUUAUUUUUCUACAAUAUUAUUAAUAGUCAAAUGCUUAAAGACAAUUUUAUUUUAAUAUCAUUCAACUUAUAAUAAAGUUUUAAGUGAAAACAAAAAGGUAAUACACUCUGAAGCAGUACCUUCAAACCAUUAUGCAUUAUUGUAUUUUAUUUAUGUAGCAAACUGUAGUGUUGGAUCAUUGUUUUGUAUUAUGUAGUGUAACAAUUAAGCAUGACAUUUUAUUUGUGUUUUCUGCCCUCUUUAAAUUGAAAUAAUGUGUCGAUAUACAUUGUGUUUAUAUGUACGCACUUUGUAGGUGAUGUGGUAAUUAUUAAUUUUAAUCAUUAAAAAUGUACGUUUGAACUAGUGUGCUGUGAAAUCGCCUUCCAAUGCUUUACUUAUGUUCGCUAUAAAUAGUGUUCUAUUUUAUAUUUUAUCAUUAAUUGGCUCUAGUGUCGUUUUAAUUAAGGUUUAAUAUUCGUCCCAUUCUACCCCCUGGUAGAAAAAAUCCAAAGGUAUCACUCUGUUUAUUGAUUUAAAUAAUUAUCGUUAUUCACAUACGAUGUACAUGCCGUUAGAUUUGUUAUGAUACAUUUCUUGUUUUAACGUUAUCCCAAUGUGUUUGUGUACAUUAAACCAAUGUUAAUGAUUUGUUCUUUCAAAAUGUGAUCGUAGUUUUAUUGCAAUAAAUACUACUGUAACUA